GAUAUCAGGUCACUUGAGACGCAGCAAUGUGUAUUUUACGGACAGCCGGCGCAAUGGCACCAAUGCAAAUUCGCGUUAGGUGAUGGUCUAUUGAAUUCAAUACGUGAACAGAACACUCGCUUCCACCAUCUUGUCAAGACCCUCCCAAUCAAAGCUCGGUUCAGAGAUGCCGUCUUCGCGUCCGUAUGUGGUUUUACACGGCUACUUGGGCGCUCGCCGAGAUGCCUCGAAGUCCUUGACCUUCGCCGAGCUUCAUGAUCCGUCCCUGGCUACGGUGGUCCAGCUCGUCUCGACUCCGGUGAAAGGCGAAGAUGCAUCCAACACACCCCAUCAGCUGUUGCGGAAUUUGCAACAAUACACGCCAGUCGCAGUGGAAGGCACCAUCGUUUCCCGAAAAGCACCCAAAACGUCGAAGAGUGUGGACACGAGUCGUGUGACAGAUGUCGAAAUUAAAGUGGAAAACGUGAUGGCGUUAAACCACUUUCCAGAGGACAUCAUCAUGACCCAGGAGACUGCGUUUCCGCCAGAGCAACGGCAUUUGCAAAUCCGAAACGAUGCGAACAUACGUGAUGCCCUCGCUUUCCGCAGCCAAGCCACUCAUAUCAUCAGGGAUGAGCUCUGCGGGAACCUGCGCUUCACUGAGAUCGAAACUCCGCUGUUAUUCAAAUCUACGCCGGAGGGAGCCAGAGAGUUUCUGGUACCAACUCGGUCACCAGGACUGGCUUACGCGCUGCCACAAAGCCCGCAACAGUACAAACAGAUCCUCAUGGCAAGCGGCAUCCCGCGCUAUAUGCAGGUUGCCAAAUGCUUCCGGGAUGAAGAUCUGCGAGCGGAUAGACAACCGGAGUUUACUCAACUCGACCUAGAGAUGGCCUUUGCGGGCAGCGAAGAUGUCAUGCAAACUAUUGAAGCGGUGGUAAGAAGGCUGUGGGCGGAGUGCUUGGGCGAGCACAGCCUGCCCAACCCAAUCCAGCGCAUGACUUACGAAGAAGCCAUGUCCCGAUAUGGAUCCGACAAACCAGAUCUUCGCCUCGGUUCAGAAAUUAGAAGAGUCGAGUACAUGCUACCAGUGGACCUGGUGCAGAAGAUCGGACCCUUAACCGACCCAAUUGUGGAAGUUAUGAAGCUCCGAAUAGCCGAAGAUGGACAAGAUACGAGGCGAUUCGUAUCAUCCUUCAUGGACUCUGCGGAAUCUCUGCCGUUCGUUCAGAAUCCUGACGGCCAGCCGGGCAUCUUCAUCUUCGACAGUCGCAAACCCCUCCAAGGACUUCAACCUUUCGGAUUCGAAGCUGCCGAACAACUGGAAGAAAUGCUAGAGCUGGAAGAUGGUGAUCUCGUCGUUCUGCAAGCACGCAAGAACGCCCCGUUCUCCACCGGCUCUACACCGAUUGGCAACUUGCGACUUGCGCUGCACAAGGCUGCAGUGAAGCAAGGCUUGAUCGAGGCACCGAAAGGCUUUGAGUUCCUGUGGAUCACAGACUUCCCACUAUUCCGACCGGAUAACGAUGUUGACAUGGGACAAGGCGGCUCAGCCGGCAUCUCUUCCAACCACCACCCCUUCACCGCGCCCAAAACAGCCGCAGAUGUCGAUCUGCUCCUGACAGACCCGUUGCAAGCCAAAGCCGACCAUUACGAUCUAGUCGUCAACGGCGUAGAGUUAGGCGGCGGCAGUCGCCGCAUCCACAACGCCAAAAUGCAGGAGUUCAUCAUGCGCAACGUGCUGCGGAUGAGCGACGACCGGAUGAAGGAUUUCGCGCACUUGCUGGAAGUGCUUCGAGCAGGCUGUCCGCCGCAUGCGGGUAUUGCGCUGGGCUUCGAUCGGUUGGUUGCUGUCAUGCUGGGCAAGGAGAGUAUUCGGGAUGUCAUUGCUUUUCCGAAGAGUGGGAAGGGGGAGGACUUGCUGGUGAAGAGUCCUUCCCGUAUGACGGAGGGUCAGUUGGAGACGUAUCAUUUGAAAUUGCGCGGCUGA